GCCGACUACAUGAUCUACAGAACGGCUGAGGACGGUUGCCUGGUGCCAUUAGCAAGCGGCAAGUAUGGCGGUAGCGCGAGCCGACGGAGCUGUGACUCCGGGAGAAGGAUCAGUGGUGAACUGGUCAGGGCAGGGACUACAGAAAUUAGGUCCCAACUUGCCCUGUGAAGCUGAUGUUCACACAUUGAUUCUGGAUAAAAAUCAGAUUAUUAAACUGGAAAAUCUAGAGAAAUGCAAACAGUUAAUACAGUUGUCAGUGGCUAAUAAUCGGCUGGUUCGGAUGAUGGGCGUGGCCAAACUUACUCAACUCCGGGUGUUAAAUCUACCUCAUAACAGUAUUGGCUGCGUGGAAGGACUGAAGGACCUAGUCCACUUGGAAUGGCUGAAUUUAGCAGGAAAUAAUCUGAAGACCAUGGAGCAAAUCAAUAGCUGCACAGCGCUACAACACCUGGACUUGUCGGACAAUAGCAUACCCCAGAUAGGUGACCUGUCAAAACUGGUGUCUUUGAAGACCUUGCUUUUACAUGGAAACAUCAUCACUUCUCUUAGAAUGGCACCUGCAUAUCUACCCAGAAGCCUUUCUAUAUUGUCUUUGGCAGAAAAUGAAAUCCGAGACUUAAAUGAGAUCUCGUUCUUGGCCUCUCUCAGUGAGUUGGAGCAGUUGUCAAUCAUGAACAAUCCUUGUGUGAUGGCAACACCGUCCAUUCCAGGGUUUGACUAUCGGCCGUACAUCGUCAACUGGUGCUUAAACCUCAGAGUACUAGAUGGAUACGUGAUUUCUCAGAAGGAAAGUUUGAAAGCUGAAUGGCUUUAUAGUCAAGGCAAGGGACGAGCAUAUCGGCCUGGCCAGCACAUCCAGCUUGUGCAGUACCUGGCUACAGUCUGUCCUCUUAUUUCUGCACUGGGCCUUCAGACUGCAGAGGAUGCUAAACUCGAGAAGAUUCUGAGUAAGCAGAGGUUCCACCAGAGGCAGCUGAUGAACCAAAGCCAAAAUGAAGAGUUGUCUUCUCUUGCUCCUGUUGAAACAAGGGCCCCCCUAACCCCUGAGUGCUCAAGCCCUGUUCAAGAUUUCCAGGAAAGCAAGCCUGUUCUCCAAAUCAAUUCUUGGGUUGGGAUAAGCAGUAACGAUGAUCAGUUCUAUGCUGUUAAGAAUAACUUCCCAGCCUCUGCUCACACUACAAGACACUCUCGGAAUGACCUGCACCUAGAAGACAUUCAGACAGACGAGGACAAGCUGAACUGCAGUCUGCUCUCUUCAGAGUCCACCUUUAUGCCCGUGGCGUCAGGACUGUCUCCAGUAUCUCCCACCGUGGAGCUGAGGCUACAGGGCAUCAACUUGGGCCUAGAAGAUGAUGAUGACGAUACAGAUGAAGCCGUGCAAAGGCUAGAAAGCCAGGACUUGGACAAGGACAAGGAAAAACCUUUGUGGGAUACAAAUGAGAGUUCUGCUCAAGUGCUGAAAAGUAAGAUGAGUGCAGAAGUAAAGGAGAAAGCGGGGCUGUUUCCUUGUCCCAAGUCAGUGCUCCUCGGUGCUCUCUUGAAAGAAGGUAACCGUGGUCUUACAUCUUUUCCGGAGUCAGUUGGACAUAGCAUAGCCCAUGUAGAGCCAAACAGUGAAGAAACCAUGUCUUCCACCACUUCAGAGAAAUCUCCCUGCAGAAUUUUUACCGAGAGAUCUGUUGCUUUGGGACAAGAUAAGGUCACCCUUCAGAAACUGAAUGCAGCCGCCACUAAGCUUCAGGCCUGUUGGCGGGGCUUUUAUAUCAGGAACUACAGUCCACAGGCCAAAGGGGUACGUUAUGAAAUCCGGCUGCGCAGAAUGCAGGAGCACAUUGUCUGCCUGACCGAUGAAGUAAGGAGAUUAAGAAAAGAAAGAGAUGAAGAGCGUGUGAAAGCUUCUGUACAAGAAGAAGCUGUCAGGUUCCUUUGGAAUGAGGUCAGAUCCCUACAAGCUUGGCAACGGACGGUGGAGCAGCGUCUAACUUCCUGGCAUACCGAUGUUCCUCCUAUAUCUAGUACUCUAGUGUCACCUGAAGCUCCAAUAUUUCCACAGCGUCAGGCCCUCGCUUCUGAUCAGAAUCCUGAUUGGCUCCUUGCUGAGGCUGAAGCGUCUCAAGAGAGAUCUGUUCCAGAAUUCCCAGACUCUGGUUUUCAUUCCUCCCUAACAGAACAAGUUCACUGUUUGAAGGAUUCUUUGGAUUUUGAAAAGAGUUCCAUAGAAAGCAGUGAAAGCUCCAUGUUGGGGAAGUCCACGGACACAGUGAAAUACGGCGGAGACGCCAACUUAGAGGCCAUGAGUGGGGAGCACGCAGGCUGUAGCAAGGAAAGCUCCAACAGCGAGCAGGACAACACCCUGCUCGAACAGUAUUUAUCUUCAGUCCAGCAGCUGGAUGAGGCCGAUGAGAGGACAGAUUCUGACGAUGUGGCAGGAGACAGUACGUGCCACGUAGCUGGUUCCCCCGAAGGGUUGGAUGCCUCCUCUGAGAUGGAGGCUCCUGGAGUAUCUCCCCCUUUACAGGAUGAGAUUAGCCAGACCCCAGAGAAUUGUAAGUUAAGUGCGGACGUUCAAGGGCAGCAGCCGGAAUGUGACGCCGCAUUUCAGGUGUUGCAUGUGGGUGUCACUGUGUAACCUGUCUGAUUUAACUGGGGAACAGAGAUUCACUUGGAUUUUCUCAGUGUUUCCAGUUGCUUCCUUUCUUUUGCGGGGGGGGGGGGGCAAUCUUUCCCCCAAUUUUGUUAUUGUUUAUAUAAAACUUGUAUUUUGUUCCGUAUUUUUAAGAUUUGAGAACUUGAGCUAAGUCUUCAUUUUGAUUGUACUAAUGUACUAAAAAUAUUGAUAUUAAAAGGCAUAUGCACUUUAUUUCUUAAUAAUUAUACCAAUAAUGUUUCUUUUACAUACUUCCUUUCAAAAACAGUUUCUUAAAGUAUUUUUGGCAAUUUAAACAAGAGAGCUUUGUUCUUCUUAAUUACAUAGUAAGGAAUAUAAUAUGUAGAAUGAGGAUUAUGAACAACUGAAAUUUGCUGGACAGUCUCCUUGACCUAGAAAUAUGUCUUUCCUCCCUUUGAGUUAUAGGAGUGUGUGUAUGUGUGUGUGCUGGCAAUUAAACCCAGAGCCACAGAAUGCUAAGUAUUUGCUAUGCCGCUCAACUGUCAUCUUAAUCCUAGAUUAUAAGGUUUUUAAAUGGGGUGAUUAAACUGCCUCAUGGCAAACUUUAGCUAAUUUGUGGAUCAGUUUUGAAGUAAAGUAUUUCAUAUAAGAUUAAAAUCAAGCUUACUUGGGCAAGAGUAUUUCUCUUUGAUAUGGAGAAAGACCACCUAAGGCUAUUCACUUGAAAUAAUGCUGGUCUAAUGUUUUAUAAUUUCAUUGUGUCCUUUUUUAGCCUACUCACAUUUAUGUGCCAAUAUUUUGGGAGGAAACAUAUUGUAAUAAGUCAAUAUGCAUUCAACAUUAUGUUCUUUUAUUUCUAUAUGUAUUGCACCAGAAGGACCCAAGCUAUUCAUUUCAUUUCAUUUUGUGUGUGUGUGUGUGUGUGAGAGAAAGAGAGAGAGAGAGAGAGAGAGAGAGACAGACAGACAGACAGACAGACAGACAGACACUGGGGACCCAAUCUAGGGCCCUGUGUGUGCUAGGUAAACACUGUACCACUGAGCUGCACUCUUGACCUUUGUUUCACAGUGAAGAACAUUUAAAAUCCUGCUACUGAGAGAUUGGGAAUGGAUUUUUAAAAAGGAUUUUUAUCUAAUCUCUGAAAAAAGCCAUAUUUGAAAGAAAAUUUAUUUGUAGUUAAGAAAAAAAUAAGCCAGGCUGGGCCUGGCGGUGAAUGCCUUUGAUCCCAGCACUUGGAAAGCAGAGGCAGGCAGAUCUCUAUGAGUUCAAGAACAACCUCUGGUCUACAGAGUGAGUUCCAGGUCAGCCAAGGCUAAAUUAUAGACCCUGUCUCAAAACAAACAAACCAAAGAAACUCAACAACAAAACAAUAAAAACAGCAACAAUUAAAAAAAAAAGAAAAAAGAAAAAUGAAAGAAAAAUAAAACUAAGAAAUCUUUCAGAAAUAAUAAUACUGUGUUUGAAUGUUGAAGGUACACCUGAAAUCAAAGGCGACAAUUGGAAUCCUGGCAUUAUGUCGUUUAGAAUGUUCUCAUUAAAGAGCACAGCCCACAUCUGAUUUUUCUAUCUGUAUACAAGCAACUUUCACAGUUCUGGCAAUACUUCUGUUCUCUAAACUUUGGUGCUAAAUAUCAUCAAUUAUUCUGUUACAGCCAUUAGAGCCAUCUUAACUGAAGAUACAUACAAUAAAAAUUCUGGUCCUUCUGAAAUAAAGCUGAGGACCACAUGGUAUUUUUUGCUGACAGGAAUAUUUCUGCACUACGGUGAACAAUACUGCACUAGUUUAUAAAUUCAUAGCACUCAGGUGGAGAAGGCUCACAUCCAUUCUCAGAAACCCAGAAUCCCUUGAAAGGGACAUGUUUUCUGUGUUUUAUAAGCAGAAUAGCAGUCCUGUCUUCAAAAUAUUUUCUCUAAUAUAGUGUGUGUUACAUUGAAUGCAUGGUGGAUAAAAGCUGACAGUUUAGCUUUCUGAAUAAUAAUUACCUUUUAUAACAAUACAUUUCUUUUAAAGAUAUUUAAUUUGCAUGUGUUUGUGUGUGUGAUAGAGUGUAUAUGUGUGUGUGCGCUUGUGUGUAUGUGUGUGUGAAAGAGAGAGAGAGAGACUGUGGGAGUUGAAUCUGGAGUUACAGGUGUUUGUGAGCCAUUCAUGUGGAUGCUGGGAUCCACACUCCAGUUCUCUGAUAGAGCAGUAAGCACCUUAACUACUGAACCAUUCUUCAGUCCUAUCUUUCAUUCCUUUUUAAAUAUGAGAUAAGAAAUAUUCUUAUUUUUCUAUUUUUGUAGUUAAGCGCCUCAUUUGCUGCCCACAGUUAAAGAAAAACUCACUGUACUAGUAUCAAACCUGUCUCACUUCUUGUUAAUUUUCAGAAGAGUGACCGAAGUGCCACGCUUCAGAUUCCCUGAGUACAUUGUAUUAGCAUCUUCAUCCUUGUUCUUUCUCUCUUUCUCUCCCUUUCUUUCUCCCUCCCUCUCUCCCUUCCUUUUUUUCUUUUUGGUUUUUCGAGACAAGGUUUCUUUGUGUAACAGUUCUGGCUAUUUUGGAACUCACUUUGUAGAGUAGGCUUGCCUUGAACUGACAGGGAUCCACCUGUCUCUGCCUCCCAAGUGCUGGUUAAAAUGCUAAAAUGUGUGUGCCACUGUUGUCGGGGGUUUCUGGCCUGCCUGGUCCCCACAGUUGUUAAGCCCAAAGAAAUCACACAGAAGUCUACAUUAGUUAUAAACUGAUUGGCCCAGUAUCUCAGGCUUCUUAUUAACCCUUACAACUUAUAUUAGCCCAUUAUUCUUAUCUGUGUUAGCCACAUGGCUUGGUACCUUAUUCAGCGGGGCAGUCACAUCUUGCUUCUUCUGUGGCCUGGACAGGACUGUGGAUCAAGCUUUCUUCCUCCCCAAAUUCUUCUGUUCUCGUCACCCCGCCUCUACUUCCUGCCUGGUUGUCCUGCUUAUACUUUCCUGCCUGGAUACUGGCUAAUCAGCAUUUAUUUAAAAUAUAAUUGACAGGAUACAGACCAUUGUCCCACAGCACUUCCUCCUCUCUCUCUCUCUCUCUUUUUAAAAAACAAACAAACAAGAACUCUGAAUCUAAUAUCCUUUGUUUAGCUUUUCUCCUCACCAUUAGCUAUAAUAACUUAUAACCAACAUUCUAAACAAAAGAAAAUAUCCAUAGUCCAUUUUUGGGGGGAAUGUGGGCAUAAUUUUCCAGGCUACUUCCUGCUGGUUGGGGGCACUGAUAAUCUUAUGGGGACCUAAAGAAAAUUUAUAAUUAUCAUCAAGUCAUGAAUGGAGUAUCCUGUGAGGCUUGAUCAUCUCAGGCAGCAGUCUUGAAUCUGUUCUGGAUGUAGAACUCAGACAUCUGGGCCAUCUGCUCCUAUCAGAUUUCUCAGGUGGUCUACCUUGAUCAAACCUGAUUUUUCUUAACUCAGAAUGAAUCCAUAGCCUCUCAUUUUCUGUGGAAACAAAAGCAAAACCUCUUCUCAAAAGUAACAUACUUUUUGACUUCAAUUUUGAAGUCAAGGUAUUUUCAAAAUACCUAUCUUGGAUUAAUUCAGCAGCAUUUAUAAACAAAUAUCUUUUAGCAGUUGUUGCUCCUUCCUCAGCAUUCAAACAAUUCAAAGAGAGCAUAAUAACAUACAGUAUCCAGAUUCUCUGUGUGUUUUCCAUCUUUACGUGGCUUUAUUUUAACCUCUAUUUCUUUUAUUUUUAGUUUUUGGCUUUUUUUAAUAUUUAUUUAUUUAUUAAGUAUACAGUAUUCUGUCUGCAUGUAUGCCUGCAGGCCAGAAGAGGGCACCAGAUCUCAUUACAGAUGGUUGUGAGCCACCAUGUGGUUGCUGGGAAUUGAACUCAGGACCUUUGGAAGAGCAGGCAGUGCUCUUAACCUCUGAGCCAUCUCUCAGCCCCAGUUUUUGGCUUUUUGGGGCAGGGUUUCUCUGUGUAUGUUUGGCUGUCCUGGAAUUUACUCUGUAGACCAGGUUGUCCUUGAACUCACAGAGAUCUGCCUGCCUCUGCCUCCCAAGUGCUGGGAUUAAAGGUGUGUGCCACCAGGCCUUGAACUCACAGAGGUCUGCCUGCCUCUGUCUUCAAAGUCUUGGGAUUAAAGGUGUGUGCUACCGCACCUAACUACUCUCUCUCUCUCUCUCUCUCUCUCUCUCUCUCUCUCUCUCUCUCUCUCUCUUUUUAAUUUUAAGGACUUUAACCUUUUUCUUUUCUCUCCCAAGCCUGCAUAUAUUUUUAAUGCAGUAUAAAACAUUUAGAGGUUUUCUUCAUCUUUGAAUCUCUCUUUACUGUAUAUCUCUCUUUUUCUGAUCACAUUGAGUCUUUAAUUUGCUAAGUGAUAUGGCUAGAAUUAAAGCCAUGGCUUUGGUGGCUGGAUCCAGACCAUUUCUUAGCGUUCUGAGAUUCCAGCCUCAUGGCAGAGGUACUGGCCAGAGCCAUGUUUAUUGCCACAACUCUACGGCAUUUCAAGGUCCCUGCCACCAUCGAAAAGCAUGUGGUCAGCUUUUCAUUGACACCAUUUAAGUGUUUCAUAGCAGGACCUCUUAAAAGCGUUGCAAGGUUUUGCAGCUAAAGCUGAGUCAGGAAGCCUCUCUUAAAUGAGAGUGCUUGCCUCUAGCAAGCAGAGCAAACCCGAGAAAGUGCUGCUAUCAAUAAGCCAUGCUUAACUCUAUUCUUUUUUUGUCUAGAAUAACUUCCUAAGCUCUCUCAGGCUUUUAAGUAGAUUUGGUCAGCCCCACGUUGGCACGCCAUUCUGUUGUCGUGGGUUUUUGUCCUGCCUGGUCCCCGCAUGCCACCACUGCCUGGCUUCUUCCUCCUUUUUCUAAGUAAUGGCAGAUACAACCAUUUGAUCUGAUUGGCAUUGUCAGCAGAAUUUACUUUUCUUUUGCUGUUUUUCUUGUCUGAAAAAUGGCAUUCAACAUAUUUUUAUGAAAAACCUGGCAGAAUGUGAUAAUUAUUAAUAUUCUGCUUUAUCUUUUUUAUUUUUACUAGAUUUUGGAAGUGUGAGAAUAUUAAGUAGCAUACUUUGAGUUGUAGAGUAUCUUGAAUGUAGAUGAAAAUACUGUAAAUCAGAAUGUAGAAAAACUAUGGCAUAGACUUAAUAUUUUUAUUAGUUUAUAUAAUUUAAAAGUAAUUUAUGUAAAAAAAGUAAUUUAUGCAACUAAGAAAUAGUAAUUAUGUGACUCUGUGUUCUUUAUUAGAUUGGCUGAAGAUCAAUCAGGUAAUGUUUGGGGAGCUGGAUUUUGGGCAUGGGUUUUUCUGACGAGACUUUUGUUCAGCUGUGCUAUUUUGACUCCUAGAAGUUCUCUUGUUUAUGGAGUAUUGGAUUAUCAAUUGGAAUACUGCAGAAACAUAAGCUCAUAGCAUGUGAGAAUCAGAAGGAGUCCUAAAAUUACUGAAAUUAUUAUUAUUAUUAUUAUACUAUUAUACUACAGUUCAAAAGAGCUGUUGGCCACACAGCAGGGACUGACUUCUUUGUUUUGAGUAGGAACAGAAGCCCAGGGGUAAUAUCCAACUUGUCUAUGGUUGUAGCAGUCAGUAGUAAACUGUGGAGACAUGUUACUAUAUUCCAAACUUCCCUUGUUCCUUCUCUGUUAACCUUUCCAUUUAGUGAGGACAAAAGGCUCUGCAUUUUAAAGAGGAAACAAUGCUUUUAAGGGAUACCUUCAAUGGCAGAGUUGUAGCAAACAGCUAAAUCUUUCAGAAAUUUGAAUAAAUGUUCUCCAGAAAAAAAUGUGAUUUCAUUAAAAUUGUUGUUGGAGCAACAAUAACAGUAGGGAAUGGUGGCACAUAUGUAUGAUCAUAGUGCUUGGUUGUGGAUGGAGGGGUCAGGAGUUCAAGACCACCGUUAGCUAAGUACUGAGAUUCAGAUGCCAGCCUGGACUACCUGGGAUUCUGUCUCAAAAAACAGCAAUAGUGAAGUUAAAACUUUAGGAAAGACCCACUGUCUGGGACUACAUUCAUUUGUUGACAGGUAGUAUUAUAGGAUGCCAAAGUAGAUACAGUUUUCUCAAGAAACACUGAUUUUGAUGUUUCAUCUUGCCUUUUAUAGGAUAACAGAUCAGAAUUUUACUCUCUCAGUGUGAGAAAGGUCUAAUUAUGACAGCUGAUAAUAUUCAAGUUGUUUGCAUACUAUGCAUGUUUUAGAAAAUGUUUGUUCACAUAGAUGUAUAUUUGUAAAUAACUUCAUUCUGUAAUUAUAUGAGCACCAUUCUUGAGUGUAUGUUUUUCCUUUAUUUAUUUUAAAUAUAUAACAUCAUAAUAGUGUACUUUCCUGUUAUCUAUCUAUUUAAGACAAGUCUAGUAAUACUUUUCAGAAAUACUUUUAGGAGUAUGUUGGAUUUAAAUAUUAUCCUAGAUCUCUUGGUAAUUUCUUCAUAUAAAGUAUUAAGAUUGGAUUUAUGACAAUAAUAUAUUUUUUUCUGAAGUAAGAAGGAGAAUACAGUCAUUGGAUUAUUUCUCAUUCAUAAAGAAAAGAAAAAAAAACUGGCUUGGUUACACGGUUGUUUAAUAUAGAUUCUUAUUUUGCCCCACCUGUGUUAAAAGGAGUUUAUUGUAGUUAUGUUUUCAACUUUAUUUGGUACUUUCCCCCUUUCUUUCUCUUUCUUUUUUUUUCUUUUUUCUUUUUCCUUGUCUUUUUGAGACAACAUCUCUCUAUAAAGCUGUCCUGGAACUCACCAACAUCCACCUGCCUCAGCCUCCUGAGUGCUGGGAUCAAAGGCAUGCGCCACCAUACCCAGCCAUAGUACCCUUAUUCUUGAAGUGAAGCAGAAAUAGUUUGUAAGGAACAUUUAAAAAAGUUUUUUGUUUUUUUUUUUUUGAGAUGUUGUGUGUGUGUGGCUCUCACUAUGUUGCCUAGACUGGUCUUGAGCUUCUGACCUCAAAUAAUCCUCCUGAUCCAGCCUCCAGAGUAGUUGGGACUACAGGCAUAGAAACAUUAAAUUCUAAAUUUUCCUGAUAAAGCCAAUUGUGCCAUAUUAAAGUUAAAAAUCAAGUAAAGAAGGCCGUCCUCAUAGCCUUGGAGAGAAAUUAAUCACUGUCCUUUUAGAAUGAGGUGCUUCUCAUCGUGACCGAAUAGAAAUCACACUGAAUUUGAAUUCUUUUAUUGAUUUUAGUGGCUAUUCAGUUUCUUUGAAUGUUUUGUAAUAAUCUGUGUGUGUGGUGUUGGCAUUCCGGGCAAGCACGUACCACUUAACUACACUGUAGCCCUGUGUGUCAGAAUAUCACUGAUGUUGGCAAUAAGAGUUUAAAAAUUAUUUGACUUUGUACUAUUUUACUUUUUUAUAAAAUGUUACUAUGAAUAGUGUAUAUCUAAGGUGACUGGCGUCUGUUUGAUGAAGGCUGUUUCAUGUUGUACUUUCCGUUUGAACUUGAGUUUGUCUAAUCUUAAA